CUUGUUAUCGCAUUUCUUUCUUUUCAGUCUCGCUCUCUCCUCUCUCUCUCUCUCUGAGUGGAGCGAAUAUCCAAAAGAGCUCCGAGUCUCUUUCGUUCGUUACCUUCUCGAGCUUCCAUUAAUCGCUUUAAACGGCAACCAGUAAUAUACAUCGAUCAAAUACGACGGCGAAGGUAUUUGAAACAGACAAAAGCUCUCAGCUUUGGUCUCUCUCCAUGGUGUCAAGAUCUUGUGCGAAUUUUCUCGACUUAUCAUCUUGGGAUCUCUUAGACUUUCCUCAAACUCCAAGAGCUCUUCCUCGCGUCAUGACUGUUCCCGGAAUCAUCUCCGACUUAGACGGAGACGGCAGCGAUUUAUCCUCUGAAGUAACUUCCUACUCCGGUGGCUCACGCGAGAGGAAAAUCAUCGUAGCUAACAUGUUACCUCUCCAAUCUAAAAGAGAUGCAGAAACUGCUAAAUGGUGUUUCACUUGGGACGAAGAUUCUCUCCAAUUACAACUCAGAGACGGGUUUUCUCCAGAAACAGAGUUCCUCUACGUUGGUUCACUUAACGCAGACGUCGAAUCAAACGAGCAAGAAGAAGUUUCACAGAGACUUCUCGAGGAAUUCAACUGCGUUGCAACGUUCUUGUCUCAAGAGUUGCAGAAAAUGUUCUAUCUUGGUUUCUGUAAACACCAGCUAUGGCCUCUCUUCCAUUACAUGCUCCCAAUGUUUCCUGACCACGGAGAUCGUUUCGACAGGCGUCUAUGGCAAGCCUAUGUGUCAGCCAACAAGAUAUUCUCAGACAGAGUUAUGGAAGUUAUCAACCCUGAGGAUGAUUAUGUAUGGAUUCAAGAUUAUCAUCUCAUGGUUCUUCCUACUUUCUUGAGGAAACGGUUUAACAGAAUCAAGCUUGGUUUUUUCCUUCACAGUCCAUUUCCUUCUUCUGAAAUUUACCGAACUUUGCCUGUCCGUGACGAGAUUCUGAGAGGCUUGUUGAACUGUGAUCUCAUUGGUUUCCACACGUUUGAUUACGCGAGACACUUCUUGUCUUGCUGCAGUAGAAUGCUUGGUCUUGAUUAUGAGUCUAAGCGUGGUCACAUUGGUCUUGAUUACUUUGGUAGGACUGUGUUUAUCAAGAUUCUUCCUGUUGGUGUCCAUAUGGGUAGACUUGAGUCUGUUUUGAAUCUUGCUUCUACUGCAGCGAAGACGAAAGAGAUUCAAGAACAGUUUAAAGGGAAGAAACUGGUUCUUGGAAUCGACGAUAUGGACAUAUUUAAAGGGAUAAGCUUAAAGCUUUUAGCAAUGGCGCAUCUCUUUGAGACGUAUUGGCAUUUGAGAGGGAAAGUUGUUCUUGUUCAGAUAGUGAAUCCGGCAAGAUCCUCUGGUAAAGAUGUGGAAGAAGCAAAGAAGGAGACGUAUGAGAAUGCGAAAAGGAUCAAUGAGCGUUACGGUACUCUUGAAUACAAGCCAAUAGUGUUGAUUGAUCGUCUUGUUCCACGUUUUGAGAAAACCGCGUAUUACGCUGCAGCGGAUUGUUGCUUAGUGAAUGCAGUGAGAGAUGGUAUGAACUUAGUUCCUUACAAAUACAUAGUCUGCAGGCAAGGGCCUCGAAGCAAAGCCUCGCUUGAUUCAUCUCCUCGCACUAGCACGCUUGUUGUGUCUGAGUUUAUUGGAUGCUCGCCUUCUUUGAGUGGUGCCAUUAGAGUGAAUCCAUGGGAUGUAGAUGUUGUUGCUCAGGCGGUGAACUCAGCUCUUAAAAUGAGUGAGGCCGAGAAGCAACUACGACAUGAGAAGCAUUACAACUAUAUUAGCACUCAUGAUGUUGGUUAUUGGGCAAAGAGCUUUAUGCAGGAUUUGGAGAGAGCUUGCAGAGAUCAUUAUAGUAAACGUUGUUGGGGGAUUGGAUUCGGAUUGGGGUUCAGAGUUUUGUCGCUGUCUCCGAGUUUUAGGAAGCUAUCCGUGGAACACAUUGUUCCGGUUUAUAGAAAAACAGAGAGGAGAGCUAUAUUUCUUGAUUAUGAUGGCACUCUUGUCCCUGAAAGCUCCAUUAUCCAAGAUCCAAGCGGCGAGGUUCUUUCUGUUUUGAAGGCUCUCUGUGAAGAUCCAAGAAACACUGUGUUUAUUGUUAGUGGAAGAGGAAAAGAGUCUCUGAGCAAUUGGCUAUCUCCUUGUGAGAAUCUUGGCAUUGCGGCUGAACAUGGAUACUUCAUAAGGUGGAGUAGCAAGAAUGAGUGGGAGACUUGUUACUCAUCCACGGAUACAGAGUGGAAGACAAUGGUGGAACCGGUUAUGAGAUCAUACAUGGAAGCAACGGAUGGGUCAAGAAUAGAGUCCAAAGAGAGUGCUUUGGUUUGGCAUCAUCAAGACGCAGAUCCAGACUUUGGAUCUUGCCAAGCUAAAGAGCUGCUUGAUCAUCUAGAGAGCGUGCUCGCGAAUGAGCCUGUCGUUGUCAAGAGAGGUCAACACAUCGUUGAAGUCAAACCACAGGGUGUAAGCAAAGGUCUAGCUGCUGAAAAAGUAAUCCGCGGAAUGGUGGAACGUGGUGAGCCACCAGAGAUGGUAAUGUGCAUAGGAGAUGAUAGAUCAGACGAGGAUAUGUUUGAGAGCAUAUUGAGUACAGUGACAAAUCCGGAGCUUCUGAUUCAACCAGAGGUUUUCGCUUGCACGGUAGGAAGAAAACCUAGCAAAGCUAAGUACUUCUUGGACGAUGUAACCGACGUGCUUAAGCUCUUAAAAGGUUUGGGAGACUCACUGAGCUUAAAAACCACAUCUCACACGCAAGUCGCAUUUGAAAGCAUUGUUUAAAGUGGGAAGUAUUGACAAUAACCAAAAUAACUUUAACAUCACAAAUGUAAAAUGAUAAUGGUAUUUAUUUAGGUCGCUUUUAACUUUUGUUUUUUCGGGUAAAUUAGGAUUUGCGGUUUCUCUUUCAUUCUCUGUACAGAAUACUAUUGUUUUCUUCUUCUUCUUUGAAUUAAAUUUAGUUGGUGGGCUCUCACUCAAUUCAAGUUGUAUAGUCUUUGAGGUGACCGUCACGUGAGAGCCAACUAGAAAGAGUAAUUAUUGUUUGUAAUUUCAUGUCAUGUCCAUUUAUUUCCUCAAAACGACCCUCUUGUUUUAUAUCUUUGACGGUCGUCUUGGCUCGCACGAUUUUAAUCCCACCGCCUUUUUCCUU